CCCCCGGAGGGUGGGGAGGGGUAGUCGGGUACUUCUGAGGCCGGAGAAUCAGCUGGUGUCACUGACUCCAACAGUAAGGAGUUGUGCUGUCCUAGCCUGCUGGACCAUGUCCAUAGCGCAGAACAUGCCCAAAGGGAAGUCCCUGCACUGGCUCUAGUUUUUAAAUGCCCAUCACAUAGAUGUGUUUUCCAAUUGUUGCCUCCUCCCUGAAUGGCAAGGAGUCAUGGAAAUGAAACACAUCGGGACCCUGCUUUCAAGUACUACAAAGGUGAUGUUAGGACCAAAUCAUCUGGAUAUUUUUAACAGAAAAUAAAUCCAGGCAGAGAUCCAAGAUGGGCUGCACACCUUCCCACAGUGAAAUUGUUAACCAUGUCACAAAAAAUGGAACUAAUCUCUUGAAUAAAUCCAAUGGUAUCUUGCCUGUUGAUCCUGGAGAUGAAGAAUUCUCAAUUCCAUUGCUGGUCAAAGGCUCCUCUUGUUAUGAUAUUGACAAGUUCCCCUGGAGUGGGUCUCUGGGGACAAAUCAUCAGUUGGAAAAGGAGGAGAAAACAUUAGAGCUGAUCAAAAAUGUUAACUUCUAUUUGUCAUCUGAGGAGCUCUCUCUUUCUGAGAGUCACGAGGAAGAGAAGAAAACUGAGAGGACAGCCACAGAGGCUGAAAGAGCCAUGUCUGAACUGAUUGAAUCUCAGAAACAUAUAACAGAGGAUAUACAAAUCAAAAAGCAAAGCUGCUAUGAAUCAGAAGCGACAGCUUUCACUUGGGAUGAUGAAAGCAAUGCAAAGCAAACUCCAAAGAAAGGGAAGAGGCAAAAGAGCCAUAAACUGAUGAAACAAGGUCGUCAUUGCAAAUCCAAAGAAAAAUCUACUGCACCACCUAUAUGCAAGACUGAGAAAAAGGUGGAUUUCCCAGAUCUGCUUGUUAAAGCUCAUCAAAAUGCUUAUGCCUAUCUAAAUCCCAACCUCUCAAAAUAUGAAACUAUCCUAUGUAUGGCCAAUCAGGCUACCCAAACUCAGCUGCUUUUACAGCAGAUGGUGAGCUUCCUAGUGUUCCGCUUUGAUGAAAUCAACCAGCUCUUGGAGGAAAUUGCCAGUGAUGGGGAAGAGCUCCUCAAAGAGGUGGGAGGAAAUCUGGCUUGGCCAGCUGGAAAAGGAGAUCCAAAAGAACAGCCGGAUCUGUUGCAGCAGUUAUUGCAGUAUACAGUCAACAAAAUGCAGCUACUAAAUGGAACAGUGGCUUCUCUUACCUCCAGUGCCCUGCAGGAGACAUGGAGCUACUUACAGUCUGCAGCCAACAACUUGGAAGAAAAAUGGAAAGCAAAACAAGGCUUUGAUGAACGCCUGCUAAAGGCAAUAAAAUUGCUUGAAGCCUCGGCAGUGGUCUCCUCCCAGGCCCAUGCGGAUGAUAGGACUCUGUAUUCAGAAGAUAGUGGCAUUGGUGCAGACAACGAAUCUCUCAAGGAGUUCAAUUCCCUUGAUAAAGUUGGAAGGCAAACAUGCUGCGAUUCUUGUGCACAUGAUCAUCCGUCUCAAAAACACACCAGAGUACCAGGAGCAUAUCCGUGCAGUGGCACAUUAUUGUCUGUUACCACAAGAUCCCAUGACUGUGCACUUGAAAGACAUUUUAAGGAUAUUUUUUACCCAUCUGUACACAGCAAAGGAACAACUUCGCUCCCAGGGGAAACACCAGAAAAUGUUUCCAACAAGCUCCCAGGUUCAAACGUGACCAAACAUCCCUCUUUUAAUUCCCUCCAGUCUGAUGCUGUCCAGGAAGGGGAAGAUUUCAAAGGCUGUGAAUCAAUAGAUUCUCCUUCUGCCAAUGAAGAGAGCACCCAAGAGGAGGAUGACAAUGACAAUAUAAGCCUGUCAGAAAUGGGGAAGGAGACUCUCCCUCGAAGGCCAAUGUCUUCACCUACAAUAACUGAAAAAACAAGGAGGCUAGCAACCAAAAGGAUAGAAAAUCCAGAGAAUGCAGAGAUGAUCUUGAAGAUGAAAGAUGCAAUCAGUGAAAAAAUCAAGUUUGUCCCAGCAAAAUGUGGACAAAAGGAAUGGACAGAAGAUGAAGAUGGAAAAGCAGCCCUAUCUGCAAGACCCAGUACGGCAAGUGGUAGCCAGAAAACCUUAGUUAAGCAAAGAAGGUCCAGGUCAGAGGAGUCCCUCAGAAGCCGGGCAGAAGACCCAACCCUUCUAGAACUUCAAAGGACCCAAAAAGAUCUCAACAAAAGAUUGGAAACAUUUUAUAUGCUUAAUGGGGAUAAAGAAACAGAUAGCAAGCAGGAGAUCCUGAAAUCAAGGGCAGCAGCUUGCUUGCCGGACACUGAACAUGUUACCCUCAGAUCAUCUACCGCCAAACUGAAAGCAUCCCUCUCUAAAAACUUCAACAUAUUGCCUAAUCAGGAUAAGGCCCCUUUACAUAAGUCCGAGCAACACACUGUCAUUCAGCCAGAUGAGAGAAGGAGUAGGAAGCCUUUAAAAGCCACUGCAUUCGCACAGGAGUUAUCAUACAGGAAAGAAAAUGAGCAUCCUGAGAGAGAGAAAUUGAAUAGUGGUGGUUGUGCCCCUCGGAAAUCUGUCAAGAAACUUAUUGAAACUUUCAGUCCUUCCAGUGGCCUGGUAAAACCUACAAAUCUAAGAACUUUAGGACCAGUAAAAUGCAUCAGAAAGUUUGGACUUCCAGUGAUUCCUCCCACCAUUCCCCUUCAGAGAGCCCUGGCACCUUUAACUCACAAGCAUCGAGUUUCACCAAUAGGAGACAUAAACCCUCCAGAUACAAAUGCAUCCCCAUGUAACUUUCCAACUGCCUUUCCACAUGUUGCAGAAUUAAACAAAAGUGACAUGAGUGAGGAAACUGAUGAAGACUUGGAAAACCUGCCACCACCACCUCCUGAAAUGUUAAUGGACAGUUAUUUUUACUUAUCUGAAUGUGAUGAAAAUACAAUAAUGGAAGGAAACUCUUCAGAUGUUGCCAAAACACCUGCCAAAACAGAGUUUCAUGCUACAAAGAGAAUGCACACUUCUCCAAAGAUAAAAGCCUCUCUACAUUCCAUUGACUUAUUAUCAAGAAAAAAUAUCAACAGCCCCAACGUUUCUGUGGGUAAAGUUCUAAGAAACACUGGGGUGGACUCCAAAUUUAGAAAAUAUUCAUUGGAGCUGAAUCCUACCAACGUGUUUAUCCACAGCCAAGAGGGUAAAUUAGCAUCCCAAAGGGAUUAUGAAAUGAAAGAGGCUGCAGAUUUGUAUAAGCAAUCUCAUAAAAUAAUACCUCUUCAAAAUCCCAGUGGCAUUUCAAAACAGAACAGAAAUUUCUCAGAGAGUGAAGAUUCUGGCACAAACUUAACUUCAGUGCAAAACCAAAAGCAAAUUUCUCCUGAUUCACACAGGAAAAAUGAUAAAAGCCCAGCUUUUGGCAAAAGAAUCUCCCCAACAAGAACACCUUCUUGUUCUCCGCCCACCGAGAAACGACUCUCAAGUCCAUCUGAAUAUCCCAGACACGGCUUGCAGGCUUUUAACCACAUGCAGCCAAGUUUUCCUCCUCUGCAAAGGCAACCUAGUCCCCCAGCUCACCCCAGAUCAUCAAGCCCUCCAAUGCAAAAGAAGCUGCCUUCUCCACCAACCCACCGAAAAAUGCCUAGCCCUCCAGGGGGGCGCAAACAAAGCCCACCAGCUCAAGGCAAAUUGUCAAGCCUGCCUGCUCAGUGCAGAGAGGCAAGUCCACCUCCAUUCUGCACCACUCCUUCUCCACCAGCCUCUCCAUCUCGGUUACACAAAGUUCUGCAAAACAGUCUGGAUUCUGGUGAUGAGCAACAGCCUCCUCCCUCAAAGAUUGCCAGUAAUGCACGCUCAAUAUUUUGCCCAGCAACUUCUUCUUUAUUUGAAGCCAAGCCUCCAUCACCUCCUAGCAGCUUCACUACAGAAAUCCCAGCAGGCCAGCCUGAAGUUUCAGCUUCUUCUCAGAAAACCAGUGCACUGCUCAGGCCAUGUGGGGAUCAGCAGAGGAGAAUGGCUAUGAGUGCUGCCAAUCCUCAGCCUUUCAUAAAGAGAAGUUUCUCUGACCGCAGACCAGCAGUUUACCUGCGACUUCCCAUGCCUGUCUCAGCUAGCAGUGAACCUCUACUUAACCAAGCAAGCAUGGAGUGCCCUAGAAAGGAGUGGGAUUCCUGGAACAGCACAUGCUCCUCUGCGUUCAAGGGAUCUGGCAGGUCUGCUUCACACCCUGAACUCUAUAUUGUGGGCCAGGGGCUCCACAGGGAGUGACAAUACAAUCUGCUUGGAAGAUGGACAGUGUUGCUCAAGGCAGAGGACCUGCAUGUGAUCAAGUAUCUUAGUCCCAGGCUCCAAAGAAUUGCUUCAGGCCAUAUCUAAAAGAACAGGUACAAUAUUAUUGCACCUACCCACCCAAAUUGGUCAUGAUUUCCUAAUUAAUUAUCAGUAGGGUUCUUGCCACCUGCUUCUCUCUUUCAUGUUUUUUUUUUAUGAUUUUACUAAAAGAUUUACAUUUAGUGCCAGAAACAAUAAAAUAUUGGAAAAUCACAAGUCAGAUCAGUACUAUUUUAUAAAGACAGGGUUCUGCUCCCAAAUGUUUUGUUGCACUAAUGGUCUCAAAGGUGCAAAAUUAAAAUUAGGUAAUAUAACAUUUAUUCAGAUGGGUUUGAAGCUUCUGUUUAAAACAAACCCACAAUCCUGCAUUUUCCUGCUAAAGAUGAAAUCCUAUCACCACUGGACUCAAUAGCAAAACUCCCAUUUAUUUUAGUGAAGCCAGGACUUGCCCCAGUAUGUUUUACAGAUAUGCGGGAAAUAAAAUCAAGUCCAAUUAAUAACAAAUAACAUUGAUUUUUUAAAAAUAGAAUAAGAUUCCUAUUGCAGAGAGGUUUUGAUCUUAUGAUAUGCCUUUAAACAUUGUGUAAUCUCUUCCAGUUCCCAGAAAUCAAUAGGCAGCAGGUUUAAAACAAACCUAAUGAAGUAUUAUUUCACACAACUCAGUCACCCAGUGGAGCUCGUUGCCUGGGGAUGUGAAGGCCAAAAAUAUAACUGGGUUCAAAAAAGAAUUAAGUAAAUUCAUGGAGGAUAGUUCCAUCUACGGCAAUUAGCCAAAAUGGUCAGGGAAGCAAUGUCAUGCUCUGGGUAUCUCUAAGCUGCUAACUGUAAGAAGCAGAGACUGCACCACUUAAUAAUUGCAUAGUUCUGUUCACUCCCUUUCAAGCAUCUGGCACCAUUCACAGUUGGAAAAUUGGGCUAGAAGGACCAUUGGUCUGACCCACCCAGUACGUUCUUAGUCUUGUUGCAUGAGGUUCUGAGUGGCCAUGAUGUACAGUAUAGUGAUAAAAUUGACAGCCUUUUGGCCAGGGUUUUGUUACAGUGGGUACAUCUAGACUACAUGGUUCCAUCGACGGAGCCAUGUAAAGUAGUUUA